AUGGCUAGCCAGGACACUAUGAUGAAGAAAAUGGAUGCAAAAAUUGAUAAGUUUGCUCAAUCCAGUCAAGCAUCCAUUCAUAAUUUAGAAGUGCAAGUAGGUCAGUUGGCUAAAUUGGUUGUAGAAAAAGAUCGAGAAGCACUUGCUAAUAUGCCAUCUUAUGCCAAGUACAUUAAGGAAAUUGUGUCUAAUAAAAAGAAAUUGGAAGAGUUUGCUACUGUGCACCUAAAUGAGGAGUGUGCUAGUAUUAACCUUAUGCCUUUAACUCUUUUUAAGAAGUUGGAAAUAGCUGAAAUGAAGCCAACAACAAUCUCUCUUCAACUUGCUGAUAGAUCAGUCAAGUACCCGCUUGGAGUAGUGGAGGAUAUCUUGGUAAAAGUUGGUAAAUUUUAUUUUCCUGCUGAUUUUCUGAUUCUUGAUAUGGGUAGUGACACAGAUACAUCUCUUAUACUUGACUCGACAACAUUCAAAAUUAGAGAAGUCUCCAAACUUCUUGGCUCUUCGUCUGCUCCUGUGUCUGAAACAAGCCACUCAGCUUCACCAAGCCCAACUGAUCAUUCUCCAGCCAGAGAAACAAGAAAAUCUAAAUACAAAGGUGUCCCUGACAGAGUAGCCGUUGUAAUCGGUGAUGAUAAUCUUGAUACUAUUCAACCUGAGAAAAGACGACGAUCUGCUAAAUCAGUAAAGGUUGAAAGUGACCCACCUGUUCAACAAGUGUUUAAAACUUUGAGAUCGUCUGUCAAGAACAAGGCCCCUGCUACGGUUUCCACCACUUCUACCAGAAAGAUGAAACCCACUACAAGGUCAAGAGGUAGGAGUGUCACUCCUGAUGUCCAAGCUACUUCAGACAAUCCUGACACCACCAUUUACAAACCUCAGUUUGUUUCUGCUACAACUCAGGGAAAGUGGUCUACGAUGGUACGACGAGAGCUUAUAGUUCAGAGGUCGGUUGAUGAGAAUCAGUUGAACUCUGUCUGUGAUAUUUUACCCCUGCUGAGUGAGGUUGUCCUCAUGAAAACUGUCACCUCCAUUUUCCCCUACUCGAAGCUGCUGACCUACGAAUUCUACUGCAAUCUUAAUGAAGAAAUUGACAACCUUACGGGGACCCGGUGCAUGCAGAUUUUCAUCAGAGGAAAGUGGUAUGUUUUUGGUCCAGACAUGAUUAAUGAAUACUAUGGCUUGAAGGCUGUUGAUGAAGAAGAGAUUACGGGCUGGGAUUUGGUUGCAAGGACUCUCACUGGUGGUCAAACUCCUAUAUGGCCUACAGGUGAUAUUGACAAUCUGUCUAGCUCGAAGCUUACCUCCAAAUAUGUUAUUCUGCACCGUAUUGCCUUGCACAAUUGGCUCCCUUCUGCCCAUUUUCAUACGGUUAGCAAGCAACUGGCUGCUCUCCUGUUCCGUAUUGGCACCAAAAUGUCCAUUGAUCUGGGGAAGUGGAUCUUCUAUCAUUUCCUCACAUUGAUUCAUCCAAGGGAACAAAAGGUAAGACUGCCUUAUCCUAAUCUCAUUUUUGGAGUUCUGACGACGCAUGGCCUAGUACCAAUGCCAAGUGAGAUUAUUAGUCCAACUCUGCUAUAUAUUGUUGAUCCAUGCCUCUUGAAUGACAAGCACAUCCUAGAUGUUACACCUGUUAAUGCUCUUCCAUCAUCUGAUGCUGACACUCCUGUUGAUGACUCGCCCCAUGCGAAGGAUGUUCAGCUCUUUCUCCGUCUGAAGGCUCGGGUGUCUGAGCUUGAAACUGUUAAUGGCAUUAUCGUGAAGCAACUUAAUGCAGCCCGUACUGAACUUGCGACUGUUCUCCUUCGUCUAAGCUUGACUGAGUUUGCUGCUGCUGAGAAUGUGAAGUCUGAUAGUGAAGGUCCCUCGAAUGCUUAA